AUGUCAAAACAUCGCAUUCCCUCUCUCGACUCAACGAAUGAUGUGAAACGGCGACAGCUUCUCGUCGACCUUAGCUUCUCUUCCGAUCAUCGCGUCGACAGCUUCCGACUGGAACACCCUCUAAAAUCGUUUGUUCUUUCUGCAACAUCAGGUAGGGUAGAAGGCAAGAACACAGAUUGGAUUACAGGAUAUAUAAGUACUUCCAUCAAUGAUGGACCUGGAUGCUUGACUCUGAGGUGUCCUGAUCCAUCUUGUGGUGCAGCUAUUGGUCAAGAAAUGAUUGUUUCCAUGGUCUCACAUGAUGAUGCAGAGAAAUAUCAAUGUUACUUUCUUAGAUCCUUUGUGGAAGACAAUAGAAAGACAAAAUGGUGUCCUGCCCCUGGUUGUGACUAUGAUGUGGACUUCAUUGUUGGUGGUGGAACAUUUGAUGUUACCUAUGGUUGCUCAUAUAGCUUUUGUUGGAAUGUAUGCUUCAUGUUUUUUGUACUCCACCUUGCAAAUUUGAAUUCUGCUGGCUUUGUUUUGGUGCAUGGUCUGAUUAUGGUGAAAGAACAGGUGGUUUUUAUGCAUGCAACCGUUAUGAGGCAGCAAAACAAGAGGGAGUGUAUGAUGACACACAGAAAGGAAGAGAGAUGAAUUUGACAAUUACUUUUUGUUGAAUUUGACAUUUACUUUUUGUUGAAUUUGGACCGUAUUUUUGAAUUUGACACUAUAGUUCGUGUAAGUCUUUUUAUAUAUGUAUGAUG